AUGCUGUACCGAAACACAGCAGUCCUCAUCUUCCCCCUCGUGGUCCUCACCUGGUACCUCAUCUCCCGCUCCUGGCCAACCCUCUCACAGAGCACCCUCCACCCCGCCCCCCUCCACGCCGACACCGUCCCCGUCGCCAUCAGCUACGGCACCGGCUCCCUCCUCGCCCCGCCACCGACCCCCCCACCCUCCCCCUACGACCCCAGCAAGCACGCCUACGUCUUCUACGCCACGAACAGCGCCUACGCCUGCUCCGCCAUCGUCAACUUCCACCGCCUCAAGCACAACCUCAACACAACCGUCCCGGGCAUCCUCCUCGCCUCCUCCGGCGUCUCAAACUCCACCCUCUCCGCCGCCCGCACGGCGGGACUGGAGGUCAUCCGCGACGAGCCCCCGCCGCUCGCUCCCGGCGGCGUCGUAUACUACUCCCAGGUCCUGCUGAAGCUGCGCGCGCUCAAUCUCAGGGCCGUGAAGCCGCAGCUGCGCAGGAUUAUUGUGAUGGAUGCGGACCAGCUCAUACUGAAGAAUCUGGACCAUCUGUUUGCGCUGCCCGAGGCGGAGAUUGCGGCGCCGCUGGCGUACUGGCAGGAGGGGAGUAGUGUGACGACGACGCUGAUGGUUGCGGAGCUGUCGGACCAGUUGUGGGGCAUUGUAGAUGAGGCGAUAAAGGGUAUUAGGACGGAUGAGUAUGAUAUGGAUCUGGUGAAUAGGGUGUUUGGGAAGCGGCUCAUGGUGCUCCCCGGGAGGUACUGUACGUUGAAUAGUCAUUGGGAGUCGCUGGAUCUGCCGGGGUGGUUUGAGGGCGGGACGGCGACGAGGCCGGCGCAGAAUGGGGAGCAGCUGGACAGGCUGUAUGAGAUGGCCGAGGUGGUGCACUUUACGGCGAUGGGGAAGCCAUGGGAUGUGGUGGGCGGGAAUGUGGGCGUGACGAGGCCGACGGCGCAUCCGCUGUUGGGCGGCAUGUUUGUGGAGUGGAGGACGACGGCGGAUGAGGUGUGUGGGCGGGUGCCGCAUGAUUGA